AUGGCCGCUGCCCGCCCUGCGCGGGGGCCCCGGCGGCGGCGGCGGCGGCGGCGGCUGCUGCUGCUCACGCGGCGGCUCCUGUGGCUGCCGCUGCUGCUGCUCGCCGUGGCCGCGGCGCUGGUGGAGGUGGUGGAGGGGAACCCCGGCCCGGGGAUGGCCUCGGGCGGGAAUGCAACCGGGCCCGGGAGCUCCAGGAGGAGCGCGGCGGCCACCAGCCCCCCGCCGCUGCUCAGCCACUGCGGCCGGGCCGCCCACUGCGAACCCCUGCGCUACAACGUGUGCCUGGGCUCGGCGCUGCCCUACGGGGCCACCACCACGCUGCUGGCCGGGGACUCGGACUCGCAGGAGGAGGCGCACGGCAAGCUCGUGCUCUGGUCCGGCCUCCGGAAUGCCCCCCGCUGCUGGGCAGUGAUCCAGCCCCUGCUGUGUGCCGUGUACAUGCCCAAGUGUGAGAAUGACCGCGUGGAGCUGCCCAGCCGUACUCUGUGCCAAGCCACCAGAGGCCCCUGCGCCAUCGUGGAGCGGGAACGGGGCUGGCCCGACUUCCUGCGCUGCACCCCAGACCACUUUCCCGAAGGCUGCCCCAAUGAGGUGCAGAACAUCAAGUUCAACAGUUCAGGCCAGUGUGAAGCGCCCUUGGUACGAACGGACAACCCCAAGAGCUGGUACGAGGACGUGGAAGGCUGCGGCAUUCAGUGCCAGAACCCGCUCUUCACCGAGGCCGAGCACCAGGACAUGCACAGCUACAUCGCCGCCUUCGGCGCCGUCACCGGCCUCUGCACGCUCUUCACGUUGGCCACCUUCGUGGCUGACUGGAGGAACUCAAAUCGCUACCCGGCAGUUAUUCUCUUCUAUGUCAAUGCGUGUUUCUUCGUGGGCAGCAUUGGCUGGCUGGCCCAGUUCAUGGACGGUGCCAGGCGUGAGAUCGUCUGCCGAGCAGACGGCACCAUGAGGCUUGGGGAGCCUACCUCCAAUGAGACCCUGUCCUGUGUCAUCAUCUUUGUCAUCGUGUACUACGCCCUGAUGGCUGGAGUGGUCUGGUUUGUGGUCCUCACUUAUGCUUGGCACACCUCCUUCAAAGCCCUGGGCACCACCUAUCAGCCUCUCUCAGGCAAGACUUCCUACUUCCACCUGCUCACAUGGUCACUCCCCUUUGUCCUCACCGUGGCAAUCCUCGCUGUGGCCCAGGUGGAUGGGGACUCCGUGAGUGGCAUCUGUUUUGUGGGCUACAAGAACUACCGGUACCGCGCUGGCUUUGUAUUGGCCCCUAUUGGCCUGGUGCUCAUUGUGGGAGGUUACUUCCUCAUUCGAGGAGUCAUGACUCUCUUCUCCAUCAAGAGCAACCACCCUGGGCUGCUGAGUGAGAAGGCUGCCAGCAAGAUCAAUGAGACCAUGCUGCGCCUGGGUAUCUUUGGCUUCCUGGCCUUUGGCUUUGUGCUCAUCACCUUCAGCUGUCACUUCUACGAUUUCUUCAACCAGGCCGAGUGGGAGCGCAGCUUCCGGGACUAUGUGCUGUGUCAGGCCAAUGUGACCAUCGGGCUGCCUACCAAGAAGCCCAUCCCUGACUGUGAGAUCAAGAAUCGCCCCAGCCUCCUGGUGGAGAAGAUCAACCUGUUUGCUAUGUUUGGAACGGGCAUCGCCAUGAGCACCUGGGUCUGGACCAAGGCCACGCUGCUCAUCUGGAGGCGCACCUGGUGCAGGUUAACGGGGCACAGUGACGAUGAGCCGAAGCGCAUCAAGAAGAGCAAGAUGAUUGCCAAGGCCUUCUCGAAGCGCCGCGAGCUCCUGCAGAACCCCGGCCAGGAGCUCUCCUUCAGCAUGCACACGGUCUCCCACGACGGGCCUGUGGCGGGUUUGGCCUUUGACCUCAAUGAACCCUCAGCUGAUGUCUCCUCUGCCUGGGCCCAGCAUGUCACCAAGAUGGUGGCUCGGAGAGGAGCCAUACUGCCCCAGGAUGUGUCUGUCACCCCGGUGGCAACUCCAGUGCCACCGGAGGAACAAGCCAACCUGUGGCUGGUUGAGGCAGAGAUCUCCCCGGAGCUGGAGAAGCGCCUGGGCCGGAAGAAGAAGCGGAGAAAGAGGAAGAAGGAGGUGUGCCCGUUGGGACCAGCCCCUGAGCUUCGUCACCCUGCGCCCGCCCCUGCCGCUAGUUCGGUUCCCCGGCUGCCUCAGCUGCCCAGGCAGAAGUGUUUGGUGGCCACGAGCGCCUGGGGAGCGGGGGAUUCCUGCCGCCAGGGAGCCUGGACUCUGGUCUCCAACCCCUUCUGCCCAGAGCCUAGUCUCCGUCAAGAUCCGUUUCUUCCUGGCCCCUCAGCCUCCAGGGCCUGGGCUCAUGGUCGCCUCCAGGGACUGGGGGCCAUUCACUCCCGCACCAACCUGAUGGAGGCUGAACUCCUGGAUGCAGACUCAGACUUCUGAGCCCAUGGGACAGAACCCGGGACAGGAAAGGAAAAGAAAAAAAAAUGAAUACACACCUCUCAGCAUUUCAUUCUCCUUGGGGGUCUCUUGGGGGCCAAGUGUCCACCCAGGAGAAUUGUGUGUGUCUGGCUCAAAGCAGCAGGACUGUGGCAAUGAGCUGAACGGCGUCACUGGUAAGCAUGGCGCCAAGGGGCAGGGCUCUGAAGCUCAGGGUCCUGGUUUCUGCCUGCCCCCCCCCCCCCAGGCUGGCUAGCAGCAUCAUUCUCUAGCAGAGCUUGUGUUGGAGGCAUAAACUGGCAGGAGCAAGAGUGACAGUACCCAGAGAGGAGUUGUGCCAGCCAGGGAGGCAAGCCAAGCCCAUGUCUCGCUGCCCUUGUCUGUGCCAAUGGGUGCCCUUUCCUGGUGCGCUCAGAUCAAAAGCGUGUAUUGUGUCAUUUGUCCCUUGCCUGAGUGGGGACGGAACGCCUCCUUCUAGGUGGUUGUGAUGCUGGCAGUGCCAACUUCUAUAGGGCCAUAACCGCUCUAAUCAGGUGGUCCUACCCCCCAAGCCCACCCCCUUUUGUCUGGGUCCUUGUCCCUAUCUCAUAUCUCAGUUCUACCAGACCAACCUCUUCCUGUUUGUGAUCAAGACCCUAAACUAUAGCAAACACACACACACACACACACACACAUCCAGCCCUUGCUGCUGGGCCCCACCUCCAAUAGCUUUGGCCUGGCAUGGAGUAGAAACAAGGUGUGUGGAAGCUUCCAGGCCCCUGAGAGACAUGUUAUUUCUUUCUGCUAUCCAUCCAGUGGGGUUGGUUCCUCUGACUUAAGUUGCUGUAGCUCCAGCCAGGCAAGGAAACUUCUUUUGACUUCUACAGCUGGUGGGAGGGAAGACUCCCCACCUUUUGUAAUGUCCUGCUAUGUCCCCAGUGGCCCACAUUGAAGAACCAGACAGGAGGAAGCGUUAGCAGCUGGCUGGAUGCCAGGUUAGGAGACUGGGAAGAGAAGAAGAAAUAUAAACAGUAAAUAAAACAUUUUGAUAUAA